AUGGCACCGGCCAGCCCCGACGGCGCAGACGCAGCGACAGGCGGCGCAGCGGCGCCGUCACGCACGGAUGCUGCACCUGCAUCCGAGCCCAUGGAACAGGAUGUGCCUAGUCACCCAGCACCAUCGAAGGAGGCAGCCGUCGACCGCCAGCGCCACCGGCGCAUGAUGGGCAUGCUGCACUCGACACUGGCACACGCGCACACGCGCCCACGUGCGCCUGGACGCACAGAGAGCGCAUCUGUCCAGGAGGGCGAUGCGCCUCGCCCCGCGCGCGUGGCUGACCAGGCUGCUGUGGCUGAGGAGCGGCGCGCCCACGACGCGGAGCGUGCGAUGGUGCGCCGCGACGUGCAGCGUGUGCAUGAGUUGGCCGAGAAGCUCGCUGCGUAUGAGGCCGCGCACCGCACGGCGCGCGCAAGCAAGCGGCGGCUCUCGUCGUUCCUCGUGACGCACACGACGCGGCGCUCAGCGGUGCGGGCGCCGCGUGACUCGGCGGAGACGGCUGCAACGCAGGUCGCGCGGAUCGUUCCGUCCGUGCCGCUGGGCAGCGGUACGCACGACGACUACGAGAUUUACUACCUGCCACGCACGCUGCUGCCUGCCCAGGAGGACGAGCUUGACGAGCAGGAGGAGCAAGUCGACGGAGAGAUGGAGCGCGCAGACGACGAGUGGGAUCGCCUGCGUGACGCACUGGAGGCGGAGCUGCGCGAGAUCCAGCAGCGCCUUGCGCAGCACCACGUGCAAUGGUGA